AGAAGGAUGUAUAAAAUGACGGCAAGAGUGAGAGGAGAGGAGAGAAGGGAAUAGCAGAAAUGGAGAGAAGGGGAAGAGAAUCUCUCAUAUUUGUGAGCUUAUUAUGCCUAAUGGUAACCCUAACAGAGUCUGCGACUGUGACCAUACCAGUAGGAGUGAUUCUGGAUUUGAACUCAUCACUUGGUAGUAUCACCCUCAACUGCACCAACCUCGGACUCCUCGACUUCUAUUCCACACAUGAUUCCUACGCGACCAGGCUCCAACUCCAUUUCUGGCAUUCUGGAAACGAUCUCCUCACUGCAGCUAUUGCAGCUUGGAAUCUGAUAAAUGGAAAAAAGGUGCAUGCAAUCCUGGGACCUCAAAACUCAGAGCAAGCGAGGUAUGUUGUAGAACUUGGUAAGACGAACGAUGUACCAGUGAUUUGGUUUUCUCCAUCUGGUCCAUCUCUGUUGCCACCUCGUACCCGAUUCUUCAUCCACUCCAACUCCACCAGAAGCCAUUGCUCUCAGUUCGAAGCUAUAGCAGCCAUUAUCGAAGCUUAUGAUUGGCAGUCUGUGAUCCCCAUUUAUGAAGAUCCAGAAUUCGGCAACGACCUCAUUCCGUGCCUCUCUUAUGCCCUGCAAGACAUGGACACUCGAAUGCCUUACAUAAGUGUCAUCAAUCAAACUUCCACGGAUUCUCAAAUCGCCGGUGAGCUUAACAAGAUAAAAGCCCAGCGAACAUUUGUGUUUGUCGUUCAUAUGUCUCUGGAGCUUUGGUCAAUAUUUGCGGAACAUGCCAAAAAUGCGGACAUGAUGAGCGAAGGAUACGCUUGGAUACUUACGCAAGGCCUGUCUUCUGUGAUGGAUCCCGAAGCUUUAGAUGUCAGAAUGAAAGGCUAUAUGGAUGGUGCGUUGGGUGUGAGGCCAUUCGUGUUAUCCAACUUAACUAAGCGCCUUUCCUUAGUUAGAAAAUUAAAGUCUGAGUACGAUAAAACUCUUUCUCUAAAUGGCUUGUGGGCUUAUGACACUAUCACAGCAUUGGCCAGAGCCGUAGAGAAGGCCGGCUUAGUCAGUUUUAAUGAAAGUGGAGCUGAUCUUCGCAACGAAACAGGCCCAGAACUUCGCGGAGCAAUUCUGGAUACUGAUUUCGUUGGCUUGUCAGGGAAUUUCAAUUUGAGGCAAGAACAACUAGAACAAUCACAUGUUGUGGUAUACAAUGUGCAAGGCCAAAAAGAAAGGACAAUUGGAAAUUGGAGCCCCGAAAAAGGACUUGUUCGAAUGCAAAGUGUACGUGGUGAACCAAUAUGGCCGGGUAACACAAAGGAGAUACCACCCAAGUUGAAAGUUGGGGUCCCAAAGACGCAUUUUACUGAAUUUGUUGAUGUUAAUGGGAGUGUAGAAGGGCAACAUGUAUCAGUUGCUGGCUUUGCUGUUGAUGUAUUUGAGCAAGUGGUUGGCCUCUUGCCAUUACCUUUACGUUAUGAGUUUGUGCCUUUGAACAACAGUGGUGGAGAGCUGACUCCCUUCAGCUAUGAUGAUCUUCUCUGCCAAUUCGCAGACAAGAAAGUUGAUGUUGAUGUUAUAAUUGGAGACAUUACAAUUGUAGUGAGUCGCACAAAUUGUGUUGAUUUCACAAUGCCGUAUUUAGAUUCAAGUGUGUCCAUGGUGGUAAAGGUGAGGUCUGACUCCAAAAGCAUGUGGAUCCUCUUCAGACCUUUUGAUUGGUUACUUUGGUUCAUUCUUGUUAUGAUUCUUGUGGCUGCAACUGUUUUUGUAAUUAUAUUGGAAAAACAAAAAGAAAAGAAAACGGAGGAUGAUGUCACGGGAAGCAAAUCCGAAAUUAAAACAAAGGAUGAUGUUAGAGGAAGCAAAUCUGCAAAUAAAACAGAGGAAAAUGUCGAAGGAAGCAAAUCCAAAGAAAACACAGAGGAUGAUGUCACAGAAAGCAAAGCUGAAAAUAAAACAGAGGAUGAUGUCAGAGGAAGCAAAUCCGAAAAUAAAACAGAGGAUGAUGCUGGAGGAAGCAAAUCCCAAGACUUUGUCCGCAAUCCCUUCCUUAUUUACAUGAGUGAUGUUGGGUUUUUGAAAAGUGGCACAUCUAAAUGGCUGGUGAUAGUGAUCAUGUUUAUAUUGACCAUAGCGCUGCAAGUUUAUACAGCAAAUUUGACAUCAAUUUUAACAGAUAGGACAAACCCAAAGCCACCUCCAUGGAAGGACGUGCAAGAGAUUAGAAGGAGCAAUCGGAAAGUGGGAUAUCAAACGGAUUCCUGGAUGAGAGUGUUUCUUACUCACCAAUUAGGAUUGAAGGAUGAUCAGUUAAGGAAUUUUACAAGUCGUGAAGAGUACAUGGAUGCUUUAUCAAAUGAAGACAAAGAAAAUGGAGGAGUGGAUGCUAUUUUUGAUGAAACUCCUUAUCUCAGGCUCUUCCUUUCCCAAUGCCCUUCUUGCCAAAUGGCAGGACCAAUCUACAAAGCUGGUGGAUUUGCCUUUGCAUUCCCAAAGAACUCUACCUUGGUCUCAAAUUUUUCAACUGCAAUAUUGGAAGUGACUCAAAAUGUGACGAUGUUUCGUCAGAUGAGGGAGAAAAUAUCUUUCCCCAUCACAGUUGACAGAUCCGAAUAUAAAAGUAGCAUUGAGACGCGAAGUUUGAAGAUAGGCGACUUUGGAGGCCUUUUCCCAAUCAUAUUGUUUGUUUUGGUUCUCUUCUUCUGCCUUUCAAUUCGUAACAAAUUGGUUUCAUGUUGGCACAAUCUCUGGCGGAGAGAGUAAUAUUAAUUAGUACCUAACUAAUUAAACAUCUGUAAAAUCAGUAUGUUUUAUAUUUGUGUGUGUAGCUUAUAUUAUUGUGAAUAGUCCAAGUGAUAAGAAUAAGGUGAUGAGAGACUUCAAACCUUCUGAUUGUGGCUUGGUGUUAUUUAGUAAUGAAUAAUUCUUCAAGUUGUCUCUUAUCUUCA